AUGCGCGCGUUCCUAGUAAUCUGUCUGUUGUUUAUUCACUCCGCCUGGACCCAUGAAACUGGGGCCGAGGAAUCUAUAGGAUGGCAUCAGAGAGUUGGCAUGAAAAAUUCUGAAAUUAUUAAGUUGUCUGAAGUGACGCUGAAAAAUCGUAUUGUGGGAGGAGCCGUGGCUCCAGUCUACGCUCAUCCUUACCUCGCCGGCCUGCUCAUCGACAUCAUAGGCUUCUCGUCACCCUCAGCGUGCGGAGGAUCACUUCUCUCUCCAAACAGAAUCCUAACAGCAGCUCACUGCUGGUUCGACGGAUUUAACCAAGCUCAUCGUAUUACUGCCGUCCUGGGAUCCCAAUUCUUAUUCCAUGGAGGUGUAAGAGUAUUUCCAUCUGCCAUUGCCAUUCACCCAACUUAUGACUUUCGAACAUUCGCUAACGACAUAGCAAUGUUGUAUUUACCCGUCCACAUUCCAUUUUCUGCCCAAAUUCAACCGAUAGCAUUACCAUCAGGACCGCUGCUGCACAUGGACUAUACGAACGAAACGGUUAUAGCUGCUGGCUACGGAAGAUACUCCGACGUAACUAACCCCACGACCAACACAAUGGCCCGUAAUGUUUUGCUGGAAGUCAUAGAAUUACAAAAAUGCCGCAGAUUCUACGGUGACGUGGUGCUAGAUUCUAACAUUUGCACAAACGGCUACGGAGGUGUUGGUAUUUGCCAGGGAGACUCUGGGGGACCUUUGACAAUGAAUGUUAAUGGAGAGUCAGUGUUGAUCGGCAAGCAUCACCCUAGGAUCGACUUCCCAACGCGCUACCUCAGCUUCGGAGAGACUCUUCGAGCCAAUUGCACCACAGCGCCCGCGGUACCAGCCCCCCAUAUAACAUGGUUUAUUAAUGGCAGAAAGAUGGACGAGCUGGUGGCCCACUCACACAAGUUCCGUGUGCCGAUGAGUGAACGUAAUGGUCGUCGGGGAUUGCAGCGAACUUUCGAAUAUGAGACUGGCAUGAGCAGCCCUCCUCCGUUAUUGACCCUCACACAUGCCUCUCACCUCGCUACGAGACCUCCCGGCUGCAGCUUAAAGGAAACUCAAAUGGCUGAAGUAAAAGAAAAUGAAGAGAUAAAUGUUAUUCAUAUGAGCAGCCGGCACAAGAGUCGUAAACCCAGCAAGAGAGAUCUUUAUGUGACGGUGUCGGAGCUACAGAUAGUGGCGACUGGAAGACUGGAAAUUACUUGCGUCAGCACAAUACCUGAGUUUAGGAGUAUCGAAGACAGGUUCGCCGAUGUCAGAAACGAUACAGUUAUAGUUGACGUCAUCAAGCCUUCAACCCUGUCUCAGCCGUCAGCCAACUUAACAACGGCCGACUCCAGUACAUCAGGAUCAUCAAAAAAGCGUCGAAAUCUAUUUUCAUCUCUAAUGUGUAUUAUAAUUAUAUACUUGCUCACGGUUGCUUGAUAGGGCAAGUCGUUAAAUUUAAAUAAUGGGCUGUGAUAAAAUAUGUAAUACUUAUGUUCAUAAUUACAUAAUAAAUAUUAUAACGCGCGUGAGUGGAAAUGUGAAUAUGCUAUUUGUGUAGUAAAGGCACAAACCAAUUACCUAAACUAAUUAGAUAAUAGAAGCCAUUGACCUAGUGAGUUUCUACCGACGUACUUUUAUAUUAAGUGAUGUUCGUACUGCUACGAUAACAAUUCCUUGCCAACAGGCCACUACUUGGGACAUAACAAUCCUAUCCAAUAUAAAAAAAUCUUGACAGAAUGGUUCUUUUUUUAAAUGUUGCUAUUGUAGGCAAAAACCUUCUUAACUUUUUGAUAUAAACUUUCCAUGAACCUCUAAAAU